CUUAUUUUUCGUUUAUUAUUAUUCCGUUUCCUCGUUUAAUGGCGGGAACAAACCCCAUUUCACUCCCAAAUCACUAAAUUACACGACACCCAAAGCAAAAAUGUACAGGUCUGCGGCCAAAUCCGUCGUCUUUUCCGGCCACCGGUGGCGUUCCAUCGGUCUUUUCACUCGUUACCCUCUUCCCCGACGUCGUUUCAUCUCAUACCCACCAUUAUUAGGUACCGGGGUUCCGAAGCAGAUUUAUUGCUUCAGCGAUAGAAAGACUUUGACAACGAACAUCAAAGCGACCAAAAAAUCCAAGGAAUCAAGAAAUGUCAACGAGAAAGACUUUGCUCAUGUUAUAUGGUGGAAGGAGCAAAUGCAGAUGUGUAGAAAGACGUCUUCAAUGCAAUUAAUAAAGAGACUCACUUACUCUAAUUUGCUUGGUUUGGAUGAUAACUUGAAGAAUGGAAGUAUGAAAGAAGGAACACUCAACUGUGAGAUACUAAAGUUCAAGUCAAAGUUUCCACGGGAAGUUUUGCUAUGCAGGGUUGGGGAAUUUUAUGAAGCUGUAGGAUUUGAUGCUUGUAUACUUGUGGAGCAUGCUGGUUUGAAUCCUUUUAGUGGUCUGCGUACAGAUGGCGUUCCAAAAGCCGGUUGCCCUAUUAUGAAUCUACGCCAAACUUUGGAUGAUUUGACAAGUAACGGAUUUUCAGUAUGCAUUGUGGAGGAAAUUCAGGGCCCAACCCAAGCUCGUUCCCGUAAAAGUCGGUUUAUAUCCGGGCAUGCACAUCCAGGAAGUCCUUACGUUUUUGGACUUGUUGAAGAUGAUCGUGACCUUGAAUUUCCUGAACCAAUGCCAGUUGUUGGGCUUUCUCGUUCUGCAAAGGGGUAUUGCAUAGUUUCAGUGUUGGAGACUAUGAAAACGUACUCUUUAGAGGAUGGUUUAACUGAAGAGGCUGCCGUUACAAAGCUUCGUACUUGUCAUUACCAUCAUUUAUUUCUACAUAAAUCAUUGAAGAACAAUUCUUCAGGAACGACUCGCUGGACAGAGUUCGGUGAAGGUGGGUUAUUGUGGGGAGAGUGUAAUGGCAGAUGCUUCGAAUGGAUUGAAGGGAAUAUUGUCGAUGAGAUGCUUUUUAAGGUAAAAGAGCUUUACGGUCUUGACGAUGCUGUCACAUUUAGGAAUGUGACCGUUGCUUCAGAAAACAAACCUCAUCCAUUGCACCUUGGGACCGCCUCACAAAUUGGUGUCAUACCGACCGAAGGCGUACCUCUUUUACUAAAAGUUUUGCUUCCCUCUAAUUGCACCGGAUUACCUGCUAUCUACAUUAGAGAUCUACUUUUGAACCCUCCUGCUUAUGCAACUGCAACUACCAUUCAAGCAAUAUGCAAACUUAUGGGCUAUAUAUCGUGCUCAAUUCCUGAUUUUACCUGCAUCGCACCAUCAAAGCUAGUGAAGCUACUUGAGUUAAGGGAGGCUAAUCAUGUUGAGUUCUGCAAGAUCAAAAGCGUGCUUGAUGAAAUUCUGCAGCUCCAUAGAAACUCCGAGCUUAAUGAGAUAUUGAAAUUAUUGGUGUAUCCUACAUGGGUAGCAACCAGGUUGAAAAUCGACCUUGAGUUACUGGUGAAUAAAUGUGAAUCUAUCUCUCGUACAAUUGGUGGUCUUAUAUCUUUAAGUGGUGAAACCGAUCAAAAUUUGAGCACGUACGCGAACGUACCAAGUGAGUUUUUUGAGGUUAUGGAGUCUUCAUGGAAGAAUCGUGUUAAGAAGAUCCAUUUAAAAGAAGUUUACAAAGAAGUGGAUGAGGCAGCCGAAGCCUUAUCUUUAGCUGUUACGGAAGAUUUUGUUCCUAUAAUUUGCAGAAUAAAAGCUGUCACGGCCCCGCUUGGAGGACCUAAAGGGGAAAUCUUGUAUGCUCGGGAACACAAAGCUAUUUGGUUCAAGGGAAAGCGUUUUGCACCAGUAGCCACUUGGGCUAAUACACCUGGCGAAAAACAAAUUAAACAACUAAAGCCCUCUGUAGAUUCAAAGGGUAGAAAAGUUGGAGAGGAAUGGUUUACCACAACGAAAGUGGAAGAUGCACUCACAAGGUACCAUGAAGCUGGUGCAAAGGCAAAGUCUAUGGUGUUAGAGUUGUUGAGGGGACUGUCUACCGAGUUGCAAGCUGAAAUUAACGUUCUUGUAUUUGCCUCCAUGUUGCUUGUUAUUGCAAAGGCAUUGUUUGCUCAUGUGAGUGAAGGCAAAAGAAGAAAAUGGGUGUUCCCCACUCUCGUUCAGUCCCAACGUUCCGAGGAAAAAGAACAAAUGGACAGAAAUCGUGAGAUGAAGAUUGCUGGUUUGUCACCAUAUUGGUUUGAUACAGCUGAAGGAAGUGCAGUGUUGAAUAAUAUUGAUAUGAAAUCAAUGUUUCUUCUGACUGGACCAAAUGGGGGUGGAAAAUCAAGUUUGCUUCGUUCAAUUUCAGCCGCUGCACUUCUUGGAGUAUGUGGAUUUAUGGUACCCGCUAAGUCCGCAUUGAUUCCACAUUUUGACUCGAUUAUGCUACACGUAAAAUCUUAUGACAGUCCUGCAGAUGGGAAAAGCUCGUUUCAGAUUGAAAUGUCAGAGAUGCGUUCUAUAAUUAGUCGAGCCACUUCACAGAGCCUAGUCCUCGUGGAUGAAAUAUGCAGAGGUACAGAAACAGCAAAAGGGACAUGUAUUGCUGGUAGCAUUAUCGAAACUCUCGAUUCAAUCGGAUGUUUGGGCGUUGUAUCAACGCAUUUGCAUGAUAUUUUCAAUCUACCACUAACUACAAAACAUACCGUUUACAAAGCAAUGGGAAGUGAUUUAGUGAACGGAAAAGCUAAACCAACGUGGAAGUUGAUUGAUGGAAUAUGCAGAGAGAGUCUUGCUUUUGAAACAGCUCAAAAAGAAGGUGUUCCCGAUGCAAUAAUACAAAGAGCGGAACAGCUGUACAAUUCAGUGUACAAAAUAGACUCGAAUAAGGGAUUUAAUGAAGUCUGCAAUAAACCAGCGAGCGUUCAAGAAGUGAGUAUUUCCUCUGGUAAUGAAAUAUCAAACCAAACGGAGAAAUUUUGGAAGGACGUUGAAAAUGCUGUCUGCAUAACGUGCCAUAAAAAGCUAAAUGAAUCCUCAAAGACUAAAACUAAAGUGAAAUGUGUUUUAGUACGUCCUAAGGAACAACCCCCUCCAUCAACAAUUGGUACUUCGAGCGUUUAUGUGAUCUUGAGACCUGACAAAAAGCUUUAUGUGGGAGAGACGGACAAUCUCCAGGGUCGGAUUUGUGCCCAUCGGUCAAAGAAUGGGAUGCAAAAUGCUUCAUUUCUGUAUUUUCUAGUUUCCGGGAAGAGCAUGGCUUGCCAGCUGGAAACUCUGUUGAUUAACCAACUCCCGAAUCAUGGUUUUAAACUCACGAAUGUAGCUGAUGGUCAACAUCGGAAUUUUGGUACUUCUGAUAUCCCUUUAGAAAGCUUAAAUUUACAUAGAUGAUUAAUCAAAUCUUGUCACGAGUAUCUUGUAGUUUCCAACACUCGUGUUUAGGGUUCUGUUGGUUCAACAAUUUUGGCUCGGGUAGUUGGGUAGUUGAUCGAGUUCAUGAAUGAUGAACAUUUGUGCUUUAGUUAUUGUUAACCGGUGGGUUUCCAUUUGGUGGUCCUUGUAAUUACAUGAUGUAUUCAUGAAUGCACCAUCUGUUUAUUUUCAUUGAAGCAUGAUUUUGGUUAUGA